AUCACGCUGUCAACAUGGCUGCGCCCGCAAAGAGCACGGAUGCUUCACUCUCAGUCACUGCAGGUCAUUCGGCAAACGUUUCAUCCGCUGAAAAUGUGUCUCUGCAAUACAGUCUUAUUUUGGAUCAUCUUAUCGGUGACAAAAGACAGGUUAAAGACUUGAAUCCGACUGUCAUGGGGGCUUUACCGAGUCCCCAGAAAACAGAUGAGCAGAAGAUGAUCGAGAGGGGAAUGGAGAGCUGCGCCUUUAAAUCCCUUAUAGCGUGUGUCGGAGGAUUUGUUUUGGGAGGUGCUUUUGGUGUCUUCACAGCCGGCAUUGAUGCAAAUGUUGGGCUUGAUCCCAAAGACCCCUUACGGACUCCCACUGCAAGAGAGGUGCUGAGAGACAUGGGCCAGAGAGGAAUGUCGUAUGCUAAAAACUUUGCUAUUGUGGGUGCAAUGUUUUCAUGCACAGAGUGUAUCAUAGAAUCACAUCGUGGGAAGUCUGACUGGAAAAAUGCAGUAUACAGUGGCUGUAUUACAGGAGGUGCCAUCGGAUUCAGAGCUGGCCUUAAAGCUGGAGUUCUGGGCUGUGGAGGCUUUGCCGCUUUCUCUGCUGCCAUUGAAUAUUACCUCCGAUGAAGAUCAGCUUCAGGACUGUUAGCAUGUACAGUUGUGAGCUUCUCACUGUAUAAUGGAAGACAGCGUCCAGCCUUUCUCCACCAAUCAGGAGCUGUUCCUACUGAAGAGAUUCAGUUGCCUCAGUGGACCAAUAAGCAGAAGUUCAUGCAAGGUUUGGAAUAUCUUGAUCUUUCUGUCUCAGAUCAUCUGAUGACGCUUCUUAAAAAACAUCUAGGACAAUAUUUGUACUUAUAAAUGUCAAACAGGAUGAUGCCCUGAGCAAAAAAUGAAUGAUACGAAUUAAAUGUACAGUGUUAUACUUUGUCUGUGAUAGAAAUAAAGAGUGAUAUAAAGUA